CCAAAAAAGAAAAGCGUCCCACCGAUCUCCUUGAAAAAGACGCUUCGGUAUUUCGUCCCAAAAGGCGUGCCGUAGUUUUGCCGUAAAACAAAUUUACUGUCGUACCUUGAGUCCCGGAGAACCAGAGGUCACAACAAACCACUCAGCAUGGGAGGUGACCACGGCCACGGCAAGAUGUCCAUGCCAGACUGGCGGCAGUGGACGACCAAAGGAACACCACUGGAGUUCACACAGCAGAGGCUGGCAGCCAGGGGCCUCAAGGAUCCGUGGGCUCGUAACGAGGCUUGGAGAUACUCAGGCGGCUUUGCUCGUGCUGUGACUCUGUCUGAUGUGCUGCUGAGAGGAUUCAAGUGGGGCUUUGCCGCCUUUACUGUUGCUCUGGCUGUAGAGUACACGCUUUUCCCCCCAAAAAAGGGAGGCCACUGAUGUUCAUCUCUGUCCCUCAAGCCCAGACUGUGAUGGAGUCUAAUGAUAUCUUGUAUUUUCUGUUUAUUAAAUGUUUAUUCGAUCACCA